UCCCAGUGGAGCCACACUGAGGUCUGCUCAGCUGAAGCCAGAGGCACAGUGAACUACUGACUAAUGGAUUCUCCAAUUGUUAAACCUGUGUUAUAGGACAAAGAGCAUUGCUCCACAAAAUCUUGACCUACUUGUUGCUGCUACCAAAGACCUUCUCAAAGAGAGGGAGGUUUUCUCUUGGAGGUUGCAAACCAGAACAGGUCCUGGAGGAUAAGAGUCACCAACAUGCUACCCUCUGUUGUGUUUUUGGGACUUACAGUCCUCAUUGGCACUUCCAGGGGUUCCUACCCGUUCACUCAUUCCAUGGACAGUCACCUGCAUCCUCGCCUGUACCACGGCUGCUAUGGGGACAUUAUGACCAUGGAGGCUUCCGGGGCCCCCUGUGACAUAGACAAUUUGAUUAACUGCGGGAUCCGUGGCUCUGAAAUGUUUGCUGAGAUGGACUUGAAGGCCAUAAAGCCUUAUCAGACGCUGAUCAAGGAAGUGGGGCAGAGGUACUGCAUUGACCCUGCUAUCAUUGCAGCCAUCAUCUCCCGAGAAAGCCAUGGUGGCACUGUUCUUCAAAAAGGCUGGGACCACCGGGGACUUAAAUUUGGCCUGAUGCAGCUCGAUAAACAAACCCACCACCCUGUUGGUUCCUGGGACAGCAAAGAGCACCUUUUGCAAGGCGCUGGUAUUCUAACAGAUAGAAUUAAAGCCAUCCAGAGAAAAUUCCCUAAGUGGAGUGCUGCUCAACACCUGCAAGGUGGUCUCUCUGCCUUUAAGUCAGGAAUCGAAACCAUUGUCACCCCUGCAGACAUAGACACUGACCUCGUCAAUGAUCUUCUUGUCCGAGCUAAAUUCUAUAGAAGACAUGGCUUCUAGGCAAAGCCCUAUAAAUGAACCAUGUUGCUUGGGUAUCAAAUGCUCCCUCUUUAAGUUUGAUAUGAAUGUGUUGUACUUCACCCUGACACAACAUGGUUGAAAUUAUGAAAGAAAAUUUAUUUCUGAAUUUCUUAAUGAAAGUAAGGAUUAAAAGAAG